UUCUGCAGAAGUGAUAGCUUACGAUGUCUGGACGAGGAAAAGGCGGUAAAGGACUUGGCAAAGGGGGCGCUAAGCGUCACCGUAAAGUUCUUCGCGACAACAUCCAGGGUAUUACUAAGCCCGCUAUUCGCCGUUUGGCUCGCCGUGGUGGUGUCAAGCGUAUCUCUGGUCUGAUUUACGAGGAGACUCGUGGCGUGCUGAAGGUGUUCCUGGAGAACGUCAUCCGCGAUGCUGUGACCUACACCGAGCACGCCAAGAGGAAGACUGUGACCGCCAUGGACGUGGUGUAUGCUCUGAAGCGUCAGGGUCGCACCCUGUACGGGUUCGGCGGCUAAACAUUUUUUGCUUAAUCAAAUUAAAUCCAAAGGCUCUUUUAAGAGCCGCCCAAUUCAUCUCUAAAGAGCUUUUGUCUCGUGUCUGUCAUAAACCGUUCAAAAAUGAUUCUCAUUCCUUUCGUUUGUGAAAGGAUAUGUAGUGUAAUUACAACUUGGUAUUGGUGUAUUAUACAGUGGCAGUGACAUAUGUAUUUUUCCUUUAUUUGGAGUUGAGGGAUACUGGCAAUGCUUCACAAAAAUCGUCCAUGUGUUUAAGUUCGGAAGAUAACAUAUUUCAUUAUCCAAUUGUAUGCCCUUGGUGCACUAUCUGUUAACUAUUAAUUAUACGAAGAACCAAUAGCGAAAAACCAAACGUAUUUUAUAAUAAAAGUAAUACACGUAGACAUUUUAUUUGUAUGGGAAUGUGUAUUACAAAGAAUCCUAUGUAUUCAUCUUGAAUGAAAACGUAUGCAUCAGUCAGAAAAUUUCCGCAUUCACAGAUCUUUUGUUCAGAUAAUGUUUUAAAGCCGUAGCAGGAUUGGACCAAUGGGAUUUGAAUGGCAAUUAGGCGGGCUAUGAACAUCCAAUGAAAAUAUUCCUACCUCUAACACUCAAUUUGCAAACCGUCCGUAUAUGAGGGGGACUUGGGACAAACUACAGAUUACUUGUUUUUGCGAUAGUAUUCUGAACAUGCCUGAGCCAGCGAAGUCAGCCCCAAAGAA